GAAGAGGAAGACAGCUCGCUCCAUCUCUCAGACGAAGCCAGCAAUCAUGGACGAGGAGCUCUCCGAGCUCGAAAGCGGCGCGGAGAUGAGAGACCAUACCCUGGAUAUGAUGAACGUUUGCUAUCUAGACCUGCUGGACCAAUCGUUGCUCAAGGGCGAACAGCAGCAGGUGGCCAUGGACACGGGCGCUGGUUGGUUGCCUGACACCACCUCGCUGCUGCCGACGGCAUCGGAAGGCAGCCUACCUCUGCGGCGAAGCCUCUGCCACACUGCGAUUCCCGGUGACAAUCAGCGACUGGCCGAUAAACAAGGCGACAGUGCGGUCACGCCGAGCAAGUCCGGCGAGUUGAAGGCCAAGGACGGAUGGCGAUCCUUCCUGAGCAAGGCUCCGCGUCCUGUGGCCCUCAUCUACAUCGUGCUGGCUGUAGCCAUCGCGAUCCUGUUCGCGUACGCGAUCAUUGCCACCGCCCGCCUUUCUCCCGAUCGUGCGAGGCAGGGCCCGGUGCAGUCAUCUAACAACACGGAUGCCGCUUCGGGCUAAAGAAUGCGCACCAAUGCGCAUAAAAAAUUUCAUUUCUUUUCGAAAUACACUUUGUAGAGAUGAAUGUGAUCUAAGACGCAUUCAUUUCAUGUUCCAAUUAAGGAUAGCACUUGACUCGAAGAUGCUGUAACCAAUUAGGAUUAAUCUGAUAGCAUUCACAGCGAAGGAUACAUUAAGUGUCGGAUUACAGAACUUGGAGUAUUCGCUUAUAAUAUUGUGCUCUUCUUUGAAACAGUGAAAGUUGCUUCGGAUUGGAAUGUUUAAAUGUUUACCUUGCUUUUAUUCUUCGCUUAUCUUACCUAUAACAAUUAUUCGUCGUAAGAACAUGAUAGCUUUUGCGGGAGUAUAUUCUCAUAUGUUGGUUGGACUGUAAUAUUUAUUAAGGUUUAUUAUUUGCUGGGCCAUUCAAACGUGUCCAGUGUUGUUUACUUUUACAGGCGAGCAAGAAGAGAUUCGCCACUACGGAUGUUGAUGGAGGUAGUGCAACCUGUGAACCGCCAUCCAAAAAUGUUUAGUUAACAACGCUAAUCCCGGUAAUUAGUGCUGUUCUUGUAACCUCGACACUAAUAGAUGCUUUUGCAACGAA